CGGGCGCGCGGCGUGACUAGUCGAGCCCCAGUCGCGUUUGUACUUUAUGUGCUCAAACUUGGAUGUAACGUAAACAGCAAACGUGUCACCAUCGACAUGUAGGCUUUAAAUAUGAAAUAAUGCCAUGCGUUUAUUACGAUAAGUUGGCAUGCGAUUUACACAAUCGCGUACGCAAAACCUUACUUCGACUGCUGCGAUAUGAAAUUGCUUAUAGUUUUAACUUUAGUUUAUAGAUAAAAAUAAGAAAAAUGGGGCAGCCUUUCGAAAAUGAUGAACCAUUUAUUUACCGAUUAAACGACAACGGUUCAGGACCAAGUCUUCUGGUUAGGGUUUGUAUCGACCGAGGUUGGCGUAUGUACCAAGGCUACAACGGUUGCGAAGAGAAAUGGAAUCUCUGGUGGAGGAACAGCGCUUUUCCGGCCACCUCCUACAAGACUUUGGGGGACUGGCAGUUCAUGAAUCAUAUUCCGAAAGGGGGCUCAAUUUGUCGGAAAGACAGCUUGUCUCGCUUACUCCGAUGCAUGAGAAGAAUUUAUGGAUCAAUUUACGAUUUCAGUCCGCCUUGCUUUCAUUUACCGUUGGAAUACGCGAAGUUGGUCUCGGAGUGCUCUCGUUUGAGACGAGGAGAAGAUGCCGGCUCAAGCGUGGUGUGGAUUCAUAAGCCGGUAGCUCAAAGCCAGGGUCGAGGGAUAUUUCUCUUCAGGAGCGUAUGCGAUAUGCGAUGUGGUAGCCCAGCUGUUGUGCAGAGAUACAUCGAGCGACCACUUUUGAUCGCUGGAUACAAGUUUGAUCUUCGGUUGUACGUUUGUGUACCCGGAUACCGACCGCUAACCGCUUAUAUGUAUGCAGAAGGAUUGGCAAGAUUCGGAACGGAUAAAUACACGCUAUCGGAUAUUCAUAAUCCAUACAGACAUUUGACAAAUUCGUCAUUGAAUAAGACAGGUCCGAGGUAUGCGGAAUGUAAGGAUCGAAUCGGCAGUGGUUGUAAAUGGACGCUCAAGCAAGUGAGACGAGCUCUCGUCGGUAGAUGGGGCGCUGUAGAGUGGUUGGUUUGGCAACGGAUACGAGCACUGGUUACCUUGACGCUACUGGCGCAGGCCGCAGGGACUCCCCCGGCAAGGAACUGCUUUGAGUUUUACGGAUUCGAUGUGCUACUCGAUGACGCAUUGAAGCCAUGGCUUAUUGAGGUAAACUUGUCUCCAGCAUUGGCGGCGGAUUGCGAAGCCGACGUGAUUGUGAAACAACCAAUGCUUCACGAGCUAUUUGAUUUAUUGGGGUUACCUAUGAAGCAUACGGGACUAUCGUUGCUCCAAGGACCGCCUACACCUAAUCUUACUAGCUGUAGUUCAGAAGACGAGAGUGGUUCAGCGAAGACUCCUUCCAGACAUGCGACAGGACACCGUCGAGGAGCUCGCCGCAUGCGCAGACGUCGCGCGAUGCCCAUUCACUGCGUCACUUUACAGGCUCCUAUGCCGGAGAGGUGUUUGAUGACUGAUUUGCCUGAAAAACCUAAGGAAAUUCAAACGGGGAGGUUGUACAAAACUACUUCUGAAAUCAAUUGUGAAGGUCUUGAAUCUCAGUCUACAACGAGUGUGGCCAUGUCAUCCGCGGAUCCAGUGGACGAGACGUGGCGAGGCGGCUACGCGACGGCGGCGUCUCGGCGGCGCAUGAUGACCGCGUGCUCGUGGGGCAACGGCGUGCGCUGGGACCGGGGCAUCGGGCGCGUCGGUCAGUGGGUACGGAUAUAUCCCCACGCGCUACCGAAGGACGAUCAGCUAUCCGUAGAAGAUGCUCGUGAAAGUGUAGCUCAUGUGUCAAAGUUCCUUCGAGCGGCGCGCGAGGUCGCACGCGAGGGCGGGCGGGACAAGGGCGCGCCGCGGGACGGAAGCCGCGACGCCUUUCUAGAGGCCGCGCUGCGCAAGAAACUCCAAUACGGUUCAAGCUUUGAAGUAUGGCUUCCGCCAUUCUAAUGUGUUCAAUUAAUUUAACUAAAUUUAGUUAGGCGUAAUAAAUGCUUGCUCAAUAAA